UUUUGUGAUAUUGUUUUUUUGUUCGUUUCAUUCGUUUGUUACUUUGUGACUUUGUUUUUCGUUUGUUGUUUGUUCAUGCGUUGAUGCGUUUGUCUUGAGCUGCGGUACAUUUACAUGGUUUCAGCUCUGCAUAAUGGCUAGCAACAGUCGUGUGGUAUCGGUAACCCGUGACUUUUCGGCAAUUAACAAUUUAAAGGACACAUUUGAGGCACAUUCCAAGCUUGGAUUCGCCUAUAUAUGCAUUCCAAUAGUUAAUAGUCACUUCAAAAGAGAAUUUUUUGAAGGAAAAGCCAAAGACCGGAAAGGAGCGUUCACGAGAAGUGACCUCUGUUUAUCGAGUUUUGAUUGGGCAGCUGUGAUUGGCAAAGUUUCACCCUACAUCGACUGCGAUUCGAUAAACGAGUAUGUCCGCAAAUCGAGUGAAGCCACUCUGUUGGAUGAGCUUAACUACGCUUGCCACGUGAACAUGGCAGCUGUUAUGAUUCCUUUGACAGGUCCUAAUGUAGUCAACCUCUCCAGAGUCAUCAUGUCCAAGCUGGUUCCCACCACUUCCAUUCAGAUUUGGUUGAAGGUUCCGAUGAUUUCUCUAAAUCAACAAAGAAAAGUUUUCUAUAAGAAUGAAGAUAAAAAUGCUGAACCAAUGGAGGAUGACGAUACGUGGGAAUGGUGGAACCGAGCACGCACAAUAACCGGGUGGCAGAAGCGUGUGAUGGUGGCGCUGGAGCUGUGUGCCGACAUGCCAGCAGUCACCGACCUGCAAAUACAGCGCUGGCUGGGCGAGCCGGUGCGUGCGCUGGUGCUGCCCACACACGUGUUCGUCACCAACAAGAAGGGCUUCCCGGUGCUCACCCGCCACCACCAGGCGUUCGUGCACGCCGUCGCCACUCACUGUCACGAGGUCAACUAUGUGGUCACCGGUGCCUGCCGACACAAGAACAUCGAUCUCUAUCUCCGCUACAUACAGUUUCUCGUUGAGCAAAGAAAAGCGUUGAAUGAUCCUUACGCAGCAUACUCGGAAGGCUAUGAGGACUUCCUACAGUACCCACUUCAACCCCUGGCUGACAAUUUGGAGUCGCAGACCUACGAGGUAUUCGAGAAGGAUCCCAUCAAAUACAACAAGUACCAGGAGGCCAUCUACCACGCCCUCAUGGAUCGGGUCUCUUUCGAGGAGAAAGACCAUAAUGUACAGAUAGUGAUGGUGGUGGGUGCAGGCCGCGGACCGCUGGUGUCGGCGACGCUGAACGCGGCGCGGCUGGCCAAGCGACUUGUAAAGGUGUACGCGGUUGAGAAGAACCCCAACGCCAUCCUCACGCUCGAGUCGAGGCUGGAGGAGGAGUGGCGGGGCUUGCCGGUCAUAGUGGUCAGCAGCGACAUGCGUGACUUCCGGCCGGCGGCUUCCGAUAUGGCCGAUAUUGUGGUCAGCGAGCUGCUCGGCUCGUUCGGCGACAACGAAUUAUCGCCGGAGUGCUUGGACGGUGUCACGCACCUAAUGAAAGAGGACGCAAUCAGCAUCCCGGCUUCGUACACGUCAUACCUGGGUCCGACUCAGUCGAUGAAACUGCACUGCGAGGUGCGGUCCUACAAGGAUCGACUUGACAAGAGCAACCCGUUCGAGAUGCCCUACGUCGUGCAUCAGAAGAACUGCUUUGCCAUCGAUCAACCAAAGGACCUCUUCACAUUCUACCAUCCCAGUACAGAGAAAGAUCCAGACAACACACGUUACGCAGCACUGGAGUUCGAUGUGAAGAUACCGUGUGUGCUGCAUGGCUUCUCCGGAUACUUCACCACUGUGCUCUACCGUGACAUCAUUCUCAGUAUUCACCCGGACACCCAUUCGCCCGGAAUGUUCAGCUGGUUCCCCAUCUUCUUCCCCAUUCAGGAUCCGAUUCAGUUGAAAGCGGGAGACAGGUUGCAGGUGAACUUUUGGCGACUUGUUGACAAGGAAAAGGUUUGGUAUGAAUGGGCCGUUACUAAACCAACAACUAAUCCAAAUCACAACACAAACGGCAGAUCCUACUCCAUAAAACUGCGCUAGUUCUUCAUUUAUCUAUUCAUGGUUUCGUAAUUUACUUUAUUCCAAGCCUGUCAGUCUCAUUAUUUUUGGUUAAUUCUCUUGAAUUUAUUACCUGUUGAAUUAUCCAUUAUUAUAUAUAAAAAAUAAGUUAAUUGAAUCAGAAAAUGUGUUUUUAAAAAGAUUAUUUUAUUUAGUGAUACAUGUUUACAGCACGGCAUUGAAACUCAGACUGAGCGCUCCCGCCUUGAAUAAGUUACAAUACAGUAGACAAUGCGGAAUGAUGGCUCAGCUCUAUCUAUACUAUACUAUUGGGAGAGGGCACAUAACUCCUCCCUUCCUUAAGUUUAUCGUCCCGAAAGAAAAUUUUAAGUUUUUACAAUAAAAUUCUAUACUAAAAUUUCGCUAAGGCUAAUAUUACAGAUAAUAAACAUAUCAAAAGCUAUUACAAAAGAUUAGCUGGUCUAAUAUAACUUAUAGUAGGUAAUGGUUGCACUUCCACUUUAGCAUUGCUGAUUGCAUAAUUAAGAACAUUAUUUUGGCUUUUGAAUUUGGAAUAAACAAAAAACCAAAGUAUAAUUAUUGUUAAUGUGAAUAAAACAAAAAUAACAAUAUGAUGCGUCUUAAGGACAAUAGAAUCGUCAAAGUUUACAAAAUCCAAAUCAUUAAUUUCAAGUUCAUCAAUUUUACUAAUAUAAUUUAGAUCAAUAAUUUUGGAAUGUAAUUUUUGUGGUACAUAACUCAAUUUUUGUGCAAAUGUAGUAAAUGAAGUGAAUGGAAGUUUGAUAUCUGUCAUCCUGUCCUUAAAAUCGAGAUUAAGAAGAAAAGAUGAAGGAGUAUUUAUAGUUUCAAUAUUAAUCUGGUCUAACUUAUAUUUUUGAUAUAUUGCACGGUAUAGUCAUAUUCUUCCAUUAAAAGUUUCCAACGCAUUAAUUUUGCGUUCGGCUCUUUUAGUGAAUGAAGCCAUUCAAGUGGGUUAUGAUCGGUUCUUAAAAUGAAAUGAUUUCCGUACAAAUAAGGUCGAAAGUGUUCCAAGUAAUCGCAAGCAUCUCUUUUUCUAUUGUCGAAAGAUUUUGUUUGGCUGGAUUUAGUGUACGUGACGCAAAUGAAAUUGGAAGAUCUUUUCCAUCUGUUAUCUGAGAAAGUACAGAGCCAAGGGCGUGAUUUGAUGCGUCCGUAGUCAAAAUAAAUUUCUCAUUAAAUUUAGGAAGUUGCAAAAUUGAGGCAUUAGUGAUAGCGUCUUUUAAUAGAUUUACUGAUUCAAUAAAUUUUGGAUUAAUGUUUGAUGUUUUUCAUAAUGAGUUAGUUAGGGCUGAGCGAUUUUUGCAAAUCCUUGAAUAAUUUUUCGAUAAUAUCCUGCUAAACCAAGAAAUUGUUUUAUCUGUUUUGUAGUUUGUGGAAUUGGAAAUUCUUUGAUUGCUUUCACUUUUUCUGGGUUAGGCUGAAUACCUUUUUCUCAAACGAUGUGACCUAAAUACAGGAGUUCUUUUUUGAAAAAUUCAGUUUUGUCCAAUUGUAUUUUCAGUUGAUAUUGUUUUAGUUUUUCAAAUACGACUUUCAAGUGUUUCAUAUGUUCUACUAAAGAAUCAGAAAAUAUUAUAAUAUCAUCUAAGUAUAUACUAGCACAUUUGGAAGGUCACAAAAAAUCAAGUUCAUAGCUUUUUGAAAAUUGCUAGGAGCAAUUGGCAUUCUUACAAAUUCAUAAUGACCAUUUCCAGCAGUUUUAGGGAUUGAUUCCGGAUCAAGUUCAAUUUGAUGGAAACCGGAAACUAAGUCUAUAGCCGAAAAGUAGGUUGCUCUACCUAUUUUGUAUAAUAAAUCUUCGAUGUUCGGAAGAGGGUAGCGGUCAGAUUUGGUUUUUUCAUUCAACUUUCUGAAAU